AUGGGGAAGAUCACCUUCUACGAGGACCGCGGCUUCCAGGGCCGCUGCUACGAGUGCAGCAGCGACUGCCCCAACCUGCAGCCCUACUUCAGCCGCUGCAACUCCAUCCGCGUGGACAGCGGCUGCUGGAUGCUCUAUGAGCGCCCCAACUACCAGGGCCACCAGUACUUCCUGCGGCGCGGGGACUACCACUACCAGCAGUGGCUGGGCCUCAGCGACUCCAUCCGCUCCUGCCGGGCCAUUCCUUACACCAGUUCCCACAGGAUAAGGCUGUACGAGAGAGAUGACUACGGGGGUCUGGUGUCUGAACUCACGGAAGACUGCUCCAGCAUCCAUGAUCGCUUCCGGCUCAAUGAGCUCCACUCCCUCCACGUGCUGGAGGGCUGCUGGGUCCUCUACGAGAUGCCCAACUACCAGGGACUGCAGUACCUCCUGAGACCGGGGGACUACAGGCACUACCACGACUGGGGGGCCAUGGAUGCCCGAGUGGGCUCUCUGAGACGGGUCAUUGAUUUGUACUAG